AUGAAGUUUCUCACUGAUGAACUCGGGAUUAAGAACUCCCUUCAUCGUCGGAAACUGUCCCUUAAAGCCAUGGAUCUAAUUCUUUUCGGUCCCCCCAAAAAAAACCUCUCCACCGUGGCCGCAGCUAGUAGUCUCCUUGUCCACCUCAGCAAGGAUAUGCCCCUCUUCUCGACACUGGUUGUCGCAAUUGCAUUUAUUAUCACUCUCAUAGGACUCAAUCGCCACUAUACCCAGCGUCUGCGUAGCGCCACUUUUGGCAACUAUGAUAGGCUCUCUCGGGCUGAACAAACUCUUCAAGAGCUGCAGCAGGAAUUACUGGGCUUGAAGGAAGCUGAAUCUUCAGUGUGUACUAACAGCAGGAUGGCUACGGGUCGUUCAGUUCAAAUCGACGAUGAAACCCUCUUCCACCACUCUGACUCGGGCCGUAGUUCGGAGCAUAUGUCUAUUCUCUCGGCUAAGCAUAGCAGAACGGAGCCACCGACCCGCAAGCCCAGUGAAUCGUCCUUCUUCCCUCGAAGGACUGUGGCCGAAUCUCAGAUCUGUAGUGGGCAGUGGUCAGCCUCACCAAUGCUACCCGCACAUGCUUCAUUCUAUAUCGGUGGGUCGGAGCGACUUUCGGCUGCGUCGGUAGCCGCCGCCGCUGCUCUUGCCGCUAAGCGUCCCAUCGAGGCACCCAUAACAGAACUAGCCCUUCUUCUUCAAAUGACUCAUGAAUUAGAAUUGAGGCAUUACUGGGAGAAGCGUUCUGCUGCUGCCAAACAGCUUAUGGCUGCCAAAGAGGCUUGUGAUCGCGUGCGAAGGAAACGCUCCUCGCUUGUGGGCUCGGUCCGGCUUAUACAUUCGGAUAAUUUGGACGAUGUCGAUUCGAAAUUAAACGCUGCUCGACGAGUUCUCGAAAACGUCACGGCAGACAUGCAAGAGCGGAAGCAUCGCUGGAGUCGAAUUGAGGAUCUAACAGGCCUGAUUUUGCAGCAGCCCGCAGACCUUAAUGCCUUGCUAACCGCUCUAGGCUACGAUAAACCCAGGUGCCAUCCCGGCGGUGAAGGCAAUAACAAUAGCAUUCGUCUCUUCGAUCUUUCUACCGACUUUUCGUUCUUUACUGGUGAGGAUUUCGUGGAUGACCAACCAAGCUCGUGCACUCGUCCUAGCGAUGAGGAAUGCAACAAGGCCACUUUGGAUUGGCAAAACAGAAGUAUGUUUCAGGAUCUGCCAUCCAAACCCCGCUUCGAUACACCCUCCACCGACAACUUCCAGUACCCUCACUCCGACACAAGAAACGAGCCCAAUGCAAUAUCGAAGGAGAACGCCGCCGGCCUACUAAUACAACCACCCCUACCAAGAAACUACUCCUUCGUUCGUCCGUUUGCCGCGCUGUGGCGUCGCAAAGCCAAGUCCCACCAGAUUCAAGGCUGUUACAGCCCACCACAGAGCCUUUCUCCAGUCAAACCGCAACUUAGUUUGGAUCCGGGAUCAGGCCACCUGAAUUAUGACGGAUAUCACAGAAACCCCUCCAUAUCUUAA